CGAUGGGCGACAAAAGCACGAGUCGGGGCCCGGUAACUCGUCACAGGCGAACAACUAUAUCCUGUGCUGCGGCCGCGGGGGCGACUUACGCCAACGGGAGCAAGAAACACUUAAGCCCGGGAGCAAAACCUUCCUCGUUAUCAGUCGGACACAGAAACGGGAAGGUGAAGGAUAAAAAGAAGACGGAUGAGACAUCCGUCUCGCCGCGGAAGGAGAGCAGCAAACACGAAACGGCGGUGGAUGACAGACUCAGUUGCCAUGUCACCCAGGAGUCUCUCCUGAGCUCUGCCAGUGGCUACAGCAACUACAGAGGCGUCCUCAACUGGUGUGUGGUCAUGCUGGUGUUGAGCAACGCACGGCUCUUCCUGGAGAACUUGAUCAAGUAUGGGAUACUGGUGGAUCCCAUCCAGGUCGUCUCUCUGUUCCUCAAGGACCCCUACAGGUGGCCAGCAUCCUGCCUGAUCAUUGCCUCCAACGUGUUCAUCCUGACGACCCUGUACGCAGAGCGCAAGCUGGCAGUGGGCACUAUCUCAGAGAGAACAGGCAGAUUCAUCCACUACACCAACCUGGCAACCAUGCUGUUCUUUCCCUCUGCUACUGUGCUCUCCAUCUCCUCCAUAACCCCCGUUGGGGGUGUGUUUGCUCUGGGUGUGUACUCUGUGCUCUUCUUGAAGCUCUUCUCCUACAAGGAUGUGAACCGGUGGUGCAGAGAGAUAAGACAGGCCAAGGCCCGCACCCUGUCCCGCUCACACUCCUGCCCCUCGGUGGCUCAGUUAAACGGUUCUGCCGUGCAUGCUCACGUGACCUACCCCGGCAACCUGCGGCACAGAGACAUGUACUACUUUGUGUUCGCUCCAACUCUCUGCUACGAACUGAACUUCCCCCGGUCGCCACGGAUACGCAAGAGCUUCCUGCUGAGAAGGCUGUUUGAGAUGUUGUUUCUUAUUCAGUUACUGGUGGGGUUGAUACAGCAGUGGAUGGUUCCCACCAUACAGAACUCCAUGAAGCCCUUCCGGGAAAUGGACUUCUCCAGAAUGAUGGAGCGCCUGCUGAAGCUGGCUGUUCCUAACCAUCUAAUAUGGCUCCUGUUUUUCUAUUGGUUCUUCCACUCCUCUCUGAACUUCGUAGCUGAGCUCAUGCAGUUUGGAGACCGGGAGUUCUACAGGGACUGGUGGAACUCUGAGACGGUCACUUACUUCUGGGCUAACUGGAACAUUCCGGUCCACAAGUGGUGCCUACGUCAUUUCUACAAGCCCAUGAUGAAGAGGGGGGCCAACAAGCUGUUGGCUCAGACCGCUGUGUUCCUGCUCUCGGCCUUCUUUCACGAGUAUCUGGUGAGCGUUCCUCUGAAGAUGUUCAGGCUGUGGGCCUUUAUGGGCAUGAUGGCUCAGAUCCCUCUGGCCGUGUUCGUGGGAAAAUUCCUGCGUGGUAACUACGGCAAUGCGGCGGUGUGGAUGUCUCUGAUCAUUGGACAGCCAGUUGCCGUGCUGAUGUAUUUCCAUGACUACUAUGUCCUUCAUUACGUGCCGUCCACAUGAAUACAAACCCUCAAGAAACAGAGGAAGGGACUGUGUGUGUGUAUGUGUGUGUGUGUGAGAGAAAGUGGUGUGUUGUGAUGGUUCCAGGUGAUAUAUCUGUGAUAUUCUGCUUGUAUUUGUUGAUGCACUUGAACACUGUAGAGAGUAGCUGUCUCCAAUCUGCUGUCUGUCACUGCCAAAGCUACAGGACAGGGUCACCCUCUCUCUCUCUCUCUCCCCCCUCUCGCUCUCUCUCUCCUCCUCCCACAUCCCCCCCAAAACCCCCAUAGAGAACUGUCUGUUCUCUCCCUCCCCCUUCCCUCUCUCCCUGUAAAGAUCAAUGCAAGGCCCUGUUCUGUCUAUGUUAACUAGACUCAGCCUGUACAGGUGUCUAAUAGUUCCAAGUCUCAAUCUGACCAAUGAUAUUGUCGCCUGAGUUCUAGAAGUUGCAAUCCGGCCGAAGAUUGGUCAUCUGACUUUUAGAAUUCCCAUUCUCUACGAUGAUUGGAUAGAGUUCAGUUGUAGCUGAGGUCACACAUUUACUACGCUCCAUAUGUUUAUGUCAUAUUUUGUUUGACCAAAUAUUGUAUAAUCAUAGUAAAUUUAAUAUAUAACUUGCUAAUUAUUUUUCAAUUUAAAAUGCAUUGCCAUUUGCCAAGCAAUAUAUAUAUAUAUAUUUAUUGUCUGCUCAUUUCCAAAGUUGUGAAACGAGUUAAGUUACCAUAUCAGAUCAGUAGAUGUACUGUGGUUCCUGGCUGCAGUCAGCAGUCUGCAUGCAGUAUGUGUAUGUUUAAACACACAGCUUCUCUUCUGUAAAACCGUUUAUGCCUGCAUGUCUGUGCCUUGAGACUACAUUACCCACAAAGCAUGCCUGUGUGGAUGGGGACUCCAAACGACAGUACGGAGGCCGUCUCCAUCUGAACCCCUCUUACGUUUAAUUCCUCCAAUGUUUUUGGUGUGUUCCGUUCCAAUGUGUGCCGUCAGAAGUGAAGGUGGAGUUCCGUGUUCUGCAGCUUUUUCCUGUGUGACCUCUGGCGAUAAAGACAACCACCUCAGAAGGCUCCAGAAGGUGUCGUUUUCCUGCGAGCUCAGAGACGUUAACGAGCCGCCAUCUUGACUUUUGAUAAAGAUGUUUCUACAAGUCACCAGCUCCAGUUCUAUUUUUCCAGAAGCUGUGAGGGGCAGUGUGCAGCUGGACCUGAAGGGGGCGCUGUCUGUGUCGCUCCCUGUUGCACUGAUCUCAGAGAACUUUGUGUGUUAGACAGGGACCCAGUGUCUGUCUGUCUGUCUACCUGUCUGUCUCUGUCAGCCAAUCCAGCUGGCCUGGGAGUUCCUCUCCAAAGGCAGCUGUGGAACCAGCCUAAUAAAGCUGCCUGUCUGUGGACGCCAGACCUUCCAUUUCUAGUCUCCUGUUGUCACCUCCCUCUGCCAACAAGUGGCGCCACUCCACCACUCAGUCCCCCGGACCAAUCACUACCCUCCACUCAGUCACCUUCACCAAUCACU